AUGGAAAAAAUAUUGAACGCCUUAAAAUAUCGUCGAAAACGACGUGAACUUUGCAAACCAAACGUUCGUAUCACAUUAGUCUCAAAUGAAACAGAAAAUGAUGUUUGUAAUUCAGAUGAAGAAGAAUUUGACGAAAAUCAUGAUGGAACAGAUAAUAUUGAUAUUGCUGGUGAAUGUGAAGAUUAUUUUGAUACAUGUAGUGCAGGUGCUAUAUAUGGUUUUUUAACACUUAAUAAUUGUCUAUUGAAAAAAAUAGAGCAAAAUAAAUCUUCAUCGAAAUAUUAUCUUGAAACACAUGAUACACAUGAAAUUGAUUUAUAUCCAUUCAAUCAUGAUGAAUUAACUAAUUGGAUUACACAAAAGCAAUAUGAACAAUACAGCAUGAAACCAAAUGAAGUAGAAUUAACUCAUCUUUAUAAAUCAGGCACUCCACUUCGUUCAAUUGUUUCUGGUCUCAAACAUCCAACUAUGAAAAUAUCAAAAUCCCUUGACAAAUUAUUUCAACCAUUAUUUGAUAAAAUGGCGCAUCAAAUACAACUCGUUCAUCCUAUACAUAUGAAAAAGAAUAUUCCAUUUGCUAUGUUAAUUCGUGCUAUUGAAUAUUAUUCAACAUUCGAAAUAUAUUCAAAUGAACGUGAAAAAUUAGGAAUGGCUUUAUUAUUAAAUAAAUAUCCUGAUAAAUUUUAUAGAGAAACAAUGCAAUCGAGUAUUUCAAAAAUAUAA